AUGUUUCGUGGGCAGCAGAAUCCGUUCGAUGAGGCUGUCGCUAAGGCGACAGAUGAGAACCUGACAUCCGAGAACUGGGAAUAUAUUCUUGAUGUUUGCGAUAAGGUUGCUGCAGAAGAGUCGGGAGCGAAAGAUGCAGUUGCUGCUUUGAUUAAGAGACUGGCGCAUCGGAAUGCCAAUGUUCAGCUAUAUACUCUCGAGCUCGCCAAUGCCUUAGCGCAGAACUGCGGUCCAAAGAUUCAUCGUGAAUUAGCAUCAAGAAGCUUCACGGAUGCUCUUUUGCGCUUGGCAAAUGACCGUAACACCCACCAACAAGUCAAGUCAAAGAUUCUCGAAUGUAUGCAGGAAUGGACGGAGAUGUUCUCUACAAACCCAGACUUUGGAAUUAUGGAGCAGGCGUAUAUGAAAUUAAAAACACAGAACCCAAACUUGCAACCACCCUCGAAACCUACCAAGCGCGAGAUUACUGAUAUUGACCGCCAGAAAGAGGAAGAGGAACUGCAGAUGGCGCUUGCUCUUUCAAUCAGAGACAAAUCCGCAGCACCUCAGGAGACACAGGUCGAGACUAGCCCGUCAGGCUCUGACCCAGCCAGUCAAGCACAAGCAACACAGUCCCAGGCAGUUCCUUCAGGUACUUCCGCUGCCACCGUUUCGCGCGUCAGGGCCUUAUUUGACUUUCAGCCCUCUGAGCCCGGUGAACUUCAGUUCCGUAAGGGAGAUAUCAUUGCGGUUCUCGAAUCCGUAUACAAGGACUGGUGGAAAGGUUCCCUGAGAGGCCAAACCGGAAUAUUCCCACUUAACUACGUGGAGAAGUUGCCCGAUCCAACAGUGGAAGAGCUGCAACGAGAAGCUCAGAUGGAGGCAGAAGUGUUUGGCCAGAUAAAGAACGUCGAGAAGCUGCUGACGCUUCUGAGCACACGCAGCUCUGAUCUUAACGUUCAAGAGAACGAGGAAAUCACAACACUAUAUCACUCGACUUUGGCGAUUCGACCCAAGUUGAUUGAACUUAUUGGGAAGUACUCACAGAAGAAAGAUGAGUUUACGCAGCUUAACGAGAAAUUCAUUAAAGCACGCAGGGAUUAUGAAUCCCUUUUGGAGGCAUCCAUGUCGCAUCCUGCGCAGCCCCAGUAUGGAAGACCAGGCCAGCCACCGUAUGGGUAUCCCGGAGCUGCAGUACCUGUCGGAUACCCCCCAGGCCCGCCUCGGGCUGACCCUCAGCGCUACUUCUCUCCUCGCCCUCAAGAACAAACGCAGCUUCCUUACCGCACAGCGACCCCUGACCAGCGCAAUCCUACACCGUCAGGGGGAGCACCAUUCCAGCCUCCACAGCAGCAACCUUCAGAUUCUUACCAACCGGUCCAUCACCGUCCUCAGUCAACAUAUGAGCAUCCUCAGGAACUAGGAACCUCCGUAUACGACUCUCCUGUUGAUUAUGCUCAGAACCAGCGACCGCCGUAUUCUCAGGGAGCACAGGCAGCGCCCGCUGCUCCGCAGCAGUUUCCUCAAGCCCAGCGGCAAGAUUAUUCACCAUCUACAUACCCCCCUGGUGAUGCAGCGGCGCCUUCCUCAAUAUCUAAUCAGCCACAGCCCCCAUACGCACAAACUCAGCAGCAGGUCCCGUAUCCAACUUCUCCAAAGCCAUUUGCCGGCAAUCCAGCACACCCUGCAUUAAGUGGGGCUCAGCCCACGCCUUUUGCGUCGCUGAAUGUUGGUUCUGGAACGGACUACCAUGCGUAUCGUCCGCAACGUGAUGGUCCUACUAGUUCGAGCCCGACCUCAUACUACCGAUAG